GCGUCACCGUCAGUGCUCGGUGACCUCGACAUUUAAACACCAGCGCAGGCUCGUCAGAUCACUCACUCACCCAUCCUUUCUUCUCUUUCCUAACCCCCUCCCUCCUUCCGCCAUUAUUUUGCAUUUCGCUACAUCAUGUCCAGCGGCGCCUCACUGACCAAAAUCGCGGAAAUAAACGCGCUCAAGCUGGCGCUGAAAGACAAGGACGCGUCGCCGAAUAGCACCGCGGCAAACGGAGCCAUCCAGACGCAGGGCGGCACGCUCUACAUAUCCAAACCGUAUCGGUCCGGAUAUUCUAAGAAGCUCAAGGCUGCCGUGCAGUUCGUCCCUCGGACAUCGCAUUUCGACAUUGGCAACGAGUCGUCGAGCACUAAUGAAUUUCGCGGAUUCUUCACACUCUUUUGGAUCUCCUUGUUCAUAUUUACCGUGCGGACCUACGUUCGAUCUAUUGAGGCCAGCGGGAAGCCCCUCAACUUCGCGUUCGCGACUAUGAUCUCGCGAGACGCGCUGACUCUCGCGCUCAGUGACGCCGUUCUUGUUUUGAGCACAGCGCUCUGCGUCCCGUUUGCCAAAGCGGUCAGCAGAGGAUGGAUUCGAUAUUACUGGACGGGAGUAGUGUUGCAACACGCGUUCCAAACACUCACACUAUUCAUCGCGGUCAAGUGGACGUUCAACCGUCAAUGGCCUUGGGUACAAUCGGGAUUUUUGACCCUUCACACCCUCGUAAUGAUCAUGAAAAUGCAUUCGUACAUGUCCGUCAAUGGGUACCUCCAAUUUGUCUCUUCCCAGUGCGAAGAACUCUUCAGCCAGCUUUACGCCGCAACUUCCGCCGCCGGCGGCUGGGAUAAGGCCGUGGCCGAUGCGACAGUGCGACGCGCAGAACUCGACGCGAUCGCGAGCGACAGCGAAUUCGGCUCUCCCUCCGUCGGCACACCGGCCUCGAUCCCCGACGCGACGCACAAGUCUUACAUCGACGCGAAAACCGCUAAUGAGCUACGCAGGCGGCUGAAAAGCGGGUCUGAGGAUGAAACGAACGGAUCUCGGCAGGAAGCAAUGGGUUGGGUAGAUGGAGGCUAUAAGCCGCACACGCUGGUCGACCAUCCGGACGAGAGUAUUGCGGCCCUGGCGAGAGAUUGGUCUGAAUUGGACGCGGAACUCGUCAGCUCGGGGCCAAAUAAGGUCCGAUGGCCGAAUAACAUUACACUGAAGAACUUCGCGGUGUAUCAGCUCAUCCCGUCACUAGUCUACGAGCUCGAGUAUCCCAGGACCAACCGGAUUCGGCCUUUGUACGUGUUCGAGAAGACAACAGCGACGUUCGGGACGUUUGCGUUGCUGUACACGAUCACAGAGACCUUCAUUCUCCCUCUGACGCCCUCGCCGGACCAGUCUUUUGCGAAAAGCCUGUUGGACUUGGCGCUGCCGUUCAUGGUGGCGUAUCUCUUACUUUUCUACAUUAUUUUCGAAUGCAUCUGUAACGGAUUUGCCGAGCUUUCAUAUUUCGCUGACCGGCAAUUUUAUGAAGACUGGUGGAACUCGACAUCCUGGGACGAAUUCUCCCGUAAAUGGAACAAGCCCGUGCAUUCCUUCCUCCUGCGACAUGUCUACGCUUCGACGAUCAGCUCGUACCGCGUCUCCCGCUUCUCGGCCAUGUUCCUCACGUUCCUGCUCAGUGCGGCCGUGCACGAGCUGGUCAUGGCCGUCGUUACGCAGAAGAUCCGGAUGUACCUGUUCACGAUGCAGUUGUUUCAGGUCCCGCUCAUCGCAAUCGGCCGCCUGCCCGCGAUCAAACGCAACAAGCUCAUGGGCAACGUCGUCUUCUGGGUCGGGCUGUAUGCCGGCUUUCCACUGCUCUGUGUGGCAUACGUUGCAUACUGAGUAUCGUCGACGAGCAGAAGAGACAAUGGAAGUACAUUCAGUGGGUCACGUAUAUAUGCCUUUUCUCAGUUGUGAUAAUCUGUAUGAUAUAAUGCACGAUGGAUGGAGGACGGAGGCGACUACACACGGUCAUAUUAGAAUAUGCUAUUUAUCCUUCUUUUGUUUAUUUGUUCAUCUUUUCUAGACGAUUACUUACAAUACAUGGAUGUAGACAGGC